UGCAGUCUCUUUUCUCCCCCGUUUGUUCCCGUUGUACGAACUAAAUAAAGCCUAACAAAUUGAUAAUUAGAAUUAACAAUUAUAUGGUGCUAUACUGCCAGCAAUAAUAGGUGUUCAUUUAAAUCCUACGCUGAGAGUGCACAACAUAAUUAAGGUGAUUUGCAAUUCUAUUCAGUACAAUGAGCUAAGUGUUUAAGCCGAAACAUUCAAGUCAAUCAUGUCCCAAAAUGAUUCAGAUGAUGUACGGAGCACUGCCCAGCUCUUCGUCUCAAAUGCUCGACAUGGCAACCAUACCACAUACCACAUGCCCUACAAUAUGCCACGUCCGCAUUCCAUUAAUUUGUUUACCGAGGAAUUCCUAGCCGGCUAUAUGCAGGAUGGACGAAUGUCGGUGGUGCGUCGAUUCUUCUGUCUCUUUGUCACAUUUGACUUGGUCUUUGUGUCGCUGCUUUGGCUCAUUUGCAUAGUUAUCGGUGGCGACAAUAUAUUCCAGGCUUUUGAUAAACAAGUUGUACAUUAUACAAUAUAUUCAUCGCUAUUCGAUGUAGUUGCCACGGCUCUCUGUCGUUUUUUAGUUUUAAUCUUCUUUUAUGCCUUGUUAUAUACAAAUCAUUGGUCCAUCAUAGCGCUGUCCACGAGUGCUUCAUGUUUGUUUCUCAUCACCAAAGUAUUUUACUACGAUUGGGUGCACUCCAAACAGCAAGUAUUCGAGGUUAUACUCAUCAUAACAUCAUUCAUUCUGGCCUGGGGCGAGGCUUGGUUCCUGGACUGUCGUGUUAUACCCCAGGAGCGGCAUGCACGUGGUUAUUUUACAGCCGCUACCACAGCUGAUCGUCCACCAUUGCAGCAGCCAACGAUUUUGACCGGACCUGAACGUGCGAAUCAAAGCGUUACAGAUUUCUAUUCACCCUUGGACACAGCACAUCACUCUGACGAGGAGGAGGAACAGGAUGAUGAGUACAAUCAGAUGGGGUUGGAUUGCCUGCGCAAGGCAUAUGAGCUCAUUGAGUCCACCGAUUGGAAAGUGGAGAAGGUAACACCAAAGGGAGAUACUAUACACAGCACGCAGCGGGACAAAAUUGGCAAAAUUUACAAGUUAACGGCACGACUCAAAUAUCCUGCCAAGGCUCUGAUGGAGGAGCUGUUUUAUCGCAUUGAGGAUGUGCCCAAGUGGAAUCCAGCGCUGUUGGAGUCGAAGAAAGUGCGCACAAUCAACUCUUACACGGAUAUAACAUACCAAGUGUCCAUUGGAGGUGGCGGUGGCAUGGUGAAGAGUCGGGAUUUUGUCAAUCUGCGUUCAUGUCGUUUAAUUCGCAAUGGAAGAAUCUGUGAUGACGACGAAGCAGCUAAGCUCAGCAGCGAGGAUGAGGACGAUAACUCUCUAAAUCGAUCUUGCGAAGGCAGUGUAACCACAUUGUCGGACAUUGAUUCGAAUACGCCGCAAACUGGCAGUGUUGGUAGCUUUCGUACCAGGCUGCUUGGAGGAAGCACGUUGCACUCUUCAGAGCCAGUAUGUACAGCGUCCACAGCUCCAGCGACUCCAUAUGACACACUAAGCAAAAGUCUGGGCGCCAAAGGUUUAGGCGCUGUAUUAAAUUUGGUUGUUGAACCACCGCCACUAGAUGAAUCUUUUGAGGAUGCUAAAGAUUGUGUAGAUGAUGUUCAGAUCACGAUAAAGGACACGCUUACUCCGACAACGGACACGGGCGUUGGGGUGGGCAAGACCAAGGAUAAGGUGUGGAUGAGCGCAGCAAUAAGCGUCGAAUACGCAGCCGUGCCUCCCACAACGAAAUAUACCAGAGGUGAGAACAUUGUGUCGGGUUUCGCGUUCCGUGAGAUCAUCGGCAAGUCGGAUAGCUGCAUACUGGAGUGGGUGUUAUGCCUGGAUCUGAAAGGUUAUAUACCACGAUAUGUGCUGGAUGCUGCACUCACCUCAUCCAUGGUGGAUUACAUGAAAUACCUGCGUAAGCAUAUAAACGAAAUGCGACAGCGUCGGCGACGUUGACUAAGAAGCUCUACUAUAUUUUUAUAUAGUAAUCUAUUUAAAUUGUAUUCUACAAACUAAGCAUAAAGCUAAACGAACUAUAUAAAUGUAUUUAUAUAGUUUUAUAUGUAUCUCAAGCAUGUGAAACAUAUUUACAUAUUUAUCUGUAGUUGAGUUUAAGAGAAUCAGGAUCAAGUGCAUUGCUCUAAGUUUAUUGAGUAUGUAUUGUAUAAGUUGAUAAGAAUUAUGACCUAAACUAAAUACA